AAACAUUUCCACACAGGAUAUUUCAGUGUCUGAUAAAAAUAAUAUUUUUCACACUUUUUUCAUUAAUAAAUUAAUUGAAAUAAAAAAUAAAGUAAGAUAAUCUGAGAGGAUUUCAACGUGAGCAGCUAAAUUAAUUUGAUGAAAUUGUUUACAUUAUUGCUAUCGCAUAAAUCAUACAAAAUUAAUUAUCCCAAGCUAAUUUCGUUUAUUAUUUUUAUCUUCAAAUCUGAUCAUGUAAUGACUUGUUACAUCCGCGGUGUUGGCUCGCUCAUAAACAUUGUGAAUCUCGUUUUGUUUAAAUUAAUUUACGAUUUUUUUUUGCAUUCUAAAAAUACGGAAAGAUCACAGAGAAACGAUUUCAAUGUCAAUUUCGAUUCUGGAAACAGCUGUCAAGCUAUUUAUAUGGUGAUUUUGUUUGAAAAUCAUUCACGAUAUAAACUUAUGAAUGUUUCAUUCCAAUGUCUCAACAAUAAUUUAUGGCUACUCGUAAUGACUUUUAUUUGCUCGUCUACAGAAAUUCUCAAAAUUAGUUAACAUUUUCAUUAAUUGAAAGUUUUGAGGUAGUUGAGCGUCAAAAUCAAUCAUCAUCAAAUAGGAAGCGACGAAAAUGACAUCAAAAGUUUGCUUCACGCUCUUGUGGUGACUUUUUGUUCGUCAUUUGAUUAAUGUUGUAAGAUGUCCAAAUAAAAUUGUUUGUGAAAGCGAUAUUAGCUUUGAUGAUCGAUCUUUGCGGCGCAUGUUCGUGUCAAUUGGAUAAAGUUUCAUCAUUAAUUAUUCCUGAUUUUCUGACUCUUUUAUACGCCAUUAAAAAAAGGGUUAGCGAGUGUCAGGAGCGACAUGAACACAAAAUUUAAAUGAUUUAUUGCGAAUUACGCCAUUUUUGCCAAAAGUAAUCAAUAAUCGAGAUGUGAAAUGGGAAAUUUUCUUACUAACAUGCACACUAGAGAGGUUGGAGAACCAGGAAAUUUAUUUUUUUAAAUAUAUAAAAAUUAAUUUAAAAUGAAAUGAGUAAUUUCGCUAAAACCACACGCGAUUAUUUCUUAUUCUCAAUAAAAAAUAAAAUUUUCAAAUAAAAAUCACUCGUGAUGUAAAUCAAUACAUGAAAAAUUAACAAUGAAAAUCAUUCUGUGGCAGCUGUUCCUCUUUUCUCAUGAACUCUACAGUUUUUAUGUUGUUUUCGUCUUUGUAGGGAUUUUGAAAUUUUCUAUUUUCGGGGAAUUUGCUGUACAAGUCACUUUUAUUAAUUUCUUGACCUCUUUUCUGUGCAAUUUGUUGUCCCGUGACAAUCCAUGACGGCUCUCUUGAGAAACUUUAUGUUGAUAUCAAACGAGUAGCUUUAAAAGUAAAUUUUUAUAGGGCUUUUACAUUUUGUCGUAAUAAAAAAAACUAUUUUGACUUUUAAGAUCCCAAAAUUCUAAAGGGAAUCGUAAAACUCUUUCAAAACGGAUAAUGUUACACAAUAUGGCAAAGCUUCAAGUUUCUUGUUAUCCAUAAUUCAAUGUGAUUUUUUUAUUGGCUGAUUCUCAUGUCAAAAAUAAAGACACACUUAAGCUCUAUAGACUUUUGUUUUAUCCUAUCUAAAAUAACAAGAUGAUCAAACAUUUGUAAAAUAAUGCGGACGUGCGACAAAGCACUUACUUAAUUUUAUCCUUUUUUUGUAUAAAUUAAUUUUAAAUUCAAAUGGAAGAAGUCUAUUAAUACAUGAAUUUAAAAUUGUUAUGCACCCUCAAGUACCACAAAAUUUACAAACUUUGAAUCAGGUUAUAGCCACGUGAUUGUGUAAAAUAAACCAAAUUUUAAUUUGCCAAACCACAUGAG